ACUAGUGAGCUCACACAAUGGCAGGAACUAAGCUAGUAGCCCUUGGUUUCAUUGUCCUCUUGAGCAUGGGACUAGCCAAUGCUGCAAGGGUGGCUAGGUACUCUAGUUCGGAAGGAUCCGGUACAGGAGGGGGUGGCGGUGGCGCAUAUGUGAGUGGCGGAGGAUCAGGGUCAGGGAGUGGCACUGGGUCUGGUUGGAGUGGUGGAAAUAGCGCCCAUGCAAGUGCUGGAGGUGGCGGUGGAGGUGGAGGCAGUGGCUCUUAUGGUGGGGCUGGAUAUGGUGAUGGGUCUGGCUCUGGCUCGAGCUCCAGCCGAUAUGCUGAAGGACCAUCUGAUGGUUAUGGUGGUUAUUCUAGCGCUGGUGGUAAUGGCGGUGGUGGCGGGGGAGGACAAGCCGGAGGUAAUUAUGGGUCUAGCGGCCAUGGUGAUGGUAGUGGCACUGGUUCUGGUUCUAGUGAAGCCACUAAUUACCAAAAUGGAUCGGGUUAUGCAAACACUAAUGCCAAUGGUGUUGGGGGUGGCAAAGGCACCGGUGAGAAUGGUGGGAGUGGCGGCGGCAAUGGUGCUGGAUCUGGGUACGGGGAUGGAUACCACUAAAAUUUUCAUUACCCAAAAUAUGGAGCCCAAUCUGUGGUGUGUCUUGUUGUGUUAGAACUUGUUUCCUUUUACUAUUUUAUCUUUAUACGUGCAAAGGGAAGCAAAAAAGAUAAAUAAAGGGCUCCAUCGUUGUACGAGUAAAAUGUUGUAGUGUGAAGGCAUGCAUCUCGUACCGUUUGACUGUGGUUUGGAGAUUGUAUUACUCAUGGCUAUUGGCUGCUUCAUCUGAAUUUUUGUCAAGAAGAUUCUCAAA